AUGCGCACCUCCAUUCUCUCCGCCCUGCCACUGCUCAUGCUGGCCAAGCUCGCCGCUGCGGGCUGCGAAACCCACACCUACGGAACAUGCGAAGACAACAUUGUUCACUUGUACGACCCGAACACCGGUGAGAUCUGCGACCCUCUGGACUGUGGUGGUGGCCGUGCUCCCGUCAAGUACAACGUCCCGGGUUGCGCUGCCUACACCGGCACUGAGACCCGCAAGACCGAGCCCUCGUACAUGCCUUGCUUCUCCAAGACUGCCGGGGUUGGCAAGGCUGCUUCUACUCUGGCGACAGUCUCUUCUGCCCAGACCACCACGGCCGCAUCUGAGACAACAACGGCUAGCUCGAUUGCUUCUUCUACGAGCGUAGAGAGCACAUCUACGCAGCCUACAUCAACAGUUGCGGAAUCAUCGUCUACCUCCGCUUCCACUUCGGCCUCUUCCUCUGCCGCUACCACGCCAUUGACAACUCCCGCCCCUGUUCCUUCAACCACCAAUGCUGGACCCAGCAAUGGCACUAUCUCGGCUACUUCCACCUUUGUCCCUCCAAAUGCCGGAAACAACAUGCGCGGUUCGGUGGCCGGUGUUCUUGCUGUGGCUUUUGCCGCCGCCGCUUUCAUUUAA